UUGUUAUAUCUAUUUGGGUUUUACUUUGUUUUUGUAAAUUUUUAUUUAAGUUUUUUGAAGACAAUCGCGUACUUUGGUCAUUAAACCAUUCAAAAAAGAGAUUUCUUUCGUCUGUCAAGAUCAGGUUUCUUUUAUUUGAAAGUAAUUUUUCUUCCACGUAAACUAAUGUUGUUCAAAAUUUUUAAAAUUACGAAAUGUUUUAUUAAUAUCCAUUUGGGUGCGGUAAUGAUAGUCACUUUAUAAUUUGACGGAAAAAUUUGGUCAAUAUUCAAAAUUAAAUAAUAUUUGAUUGAAAAUUUUUAAAUAAUGAGCAUAGAUCAUCAAAGUAGGGAAGAAAAAAAGCAGCAACGUCGUGAAGAUAAAGCUAUACGUCGGGAAGAGAAGGAAAUUAAAAGAAAGUUACAUCGAGAGGAAAAAGAGUAUAAACGCGAAGAAAAAUUGAAGUAUAAGGAGGAAAAAAGACAUAAGAUAAAAGAACGAAAAAUCAAAUUUCGUCGAGCAAUGGCUAGUUUAUUCAAAACAAUCCUUUCAUAUAUUCUUCAGUUGUUUCACAUUUUACUUGAUAAACUUUUAGAACUUGUUUUAACAUCUUAUUGGGGACCAAAGAAAACUUGUCCACCCAUAAACGGUGAUAAGGUAAUCACAAAAAGCGCAGUUGAAUUGGCACGUAUGAUAAGAGAGAAAAAAAUUAGUUCUCAUGAUUUAUGCAAAUUGUAUGUUGAUCGUAUGAAAGAUAUCCAUUCGUAUUUAAAUGCUGCUGUUGAGGGGCCAUUUCAAGAAGCCUUGGAUCAGGCAAAAGAACUAGAUGAAAGAAUCUCAAGUGGAAAAAUUUCUGAGGAUGAAUUUUCUGAAAAACCAUUCCUUGGAGUUCCAUUUACAUGUAAAGAAAGUACUGCUGUUAAAGGAAAAUUGCACACACUAGGUUUGAUUUCAAGAAGAAAUAUCCGAGCUAAGGAAGAUGCUGAGUGCGUUAGGUUAAUGAAAGAAGCCGGCGCUAUUAUUAUCGCUACUUCAAAUAUCCCUGAAGUAAAUAAAUGGAUAGAAAGUAGAAAUUUAUUAUAUGGGCAAACAAAUAAUCCGUAUGACCAAAGAAGAUCAGUUGGAGGUUCAUCUGGGGGAGAGGCUGCUUUGAUUUCCAGUUGUUGUACUGCAUUUGGCUUAGGAACUGACAUAGGAGGAUCUAUUAGAAUUCCAGCAUUCUGUUGUGGUAUUUUUGGUCAUAAAGCUACAACAGGUACGAUAGACAUGCGUGGUUGUACAUUUCGCACAGGUAAAGAAAUGUCCACAAUGGUCACAGCAGGUCCAAUGACUCGAUUUUCUUCAGACUUAAGGCCACUUUUAAAAGUUUUAGUAGGUCCAACAAAUAGCAUUAAGCUAAAACUGGAUGAACCUGUUGAUGUAAAACAAUUAAAAUAUUAUUACAUUCCACAAAAUAAUAUGUUACAGUGCAAUCCUAUUUCAAAAGAAGCACAAAAAGUGAUGUUUAAAGUCUGCGAACAUUUUUAUGAAUUGACUGGGUCAAAAGUAACAUUAGCUGAACUCCCUGGCAUAGAAAAAACAGCAAAUAUGUGGCGUUAUUGGAUGACACAGGAACCCGCCGAUUUUAAUGCCUUAUUAGGGAAUGGCGUAACUCUAAAUCCCUUUGUUGAACUUGGUAAAAAGUUGAUUGGAAAAAGUGAAUUUACUAUGGCAGCAAUAUAUUCCUUAAUUGAUGCCAUUUUGCCAAAAGAAAAUGAAACAAAAAUACGUGAAGUAACAAGAAAAUGUGACGAAGCAUUAACAAAUUUAUUGGGUGAAGAUGGUAUUUUAUUUUAUCAUAGCAGUCCAAGAACAACUCCACUGCAUUAUUAUCCUUUAAUUAAAUUUAAUGAUUUCCAUUAUUUUUCAAUAUUUAAUGUUUUGAAAGUUCCAGUUACUCAAGUACCAUUGGGUUUAAGUUCAGAUGGUCUCCCCUUAGGUAUUCAAGUUAUUGCUACUAGAAAUCGUGACAGUGAUUGUAUUGCAGUGGCGGAAGAACUAGAAAAAGCUUUUGGUGGUUGGGUCUCGCCGAGUUUAAAUUAAAAUUUAAAUGAAGAAUCAAAUACUCAAUUAUAAUGUAUUUAAAAUCUGUUAAUUGAUUCUUAAUUAUAUCAUUUCAGUAUAAGUAGGUAUUAAUAUCGAAUAUUGUGUACUAUAAUAGAACAAUUUAAUGUUAUGGAGAUUACAAAUAUUAACUUUUUUAGUUUUUAAAAUUUUUAUAAAGAAAUAAUUUCAUGUCCUUUCUAAUGUUAAAGGUGAUAGGUGAUUUUUGAAAUUUUAAUACAUAAAUGGUGUGUAUUAUUGUUUUAUGUAACUAGUUUUUUGAAAAAUUUUAUUUUGGACACAAAUAUGGAAGGAAUCGUUUGUAUUAAUAAAAUUAAUUUAUUUCAUUUAAA